CUCGGUUCUCAGUGAGUGCUGGAUUGAGCUUCGCUGCGUGUGGGUCGCGUGUCCGGGCCUAUUCUCUGCUUUAGUUCUCUCACUUAGACUGCUUUUUUUUUUACGUUUCAUUUUGUUCCCCAUUCCCAUCCUAUGACUACUGUGCAUUCGGAGAGAGUGGAGUUGAUUUGAGUUCGAUGUCAGUCACGAGACGAGGCGUUCUUAGACGGCAUCGAUCUCUGUGCAUCCCAGGGCAUUCUACGUUUGGCCGAGGCCAAGGUCUGAUACCGCUGCUCUGCACUUGCCAUGCCUUCCAUCGAGAUUAUCAUUGAGAAUUGCAGCAAAAUGACUCCUGUAUCAUCUUCCUCCGUUACCGGCGAAUGGUUAGCCCUGGAACUGAGGAGAUCCACCCCAGAUGUGUGCGUUAUUGACUGCCGAAACCCGUCGGAUUUUUCGCAAUCCCACAUCGGGGGUGCAGUGAAUUUGACCAUUCCAACCCUACUGUUUCGACGCUUUGCCAACGGGAAACUCAAUUUUGAAUCUGUGAUAAAGUGCCCGGACACGAAGAAGAAGCUCAUGGGGGCAUUGGACAACGGGAAGACGAUUGUCAUCUGUGAUGAUACUCAUGAAAAUCCCGAGGAGGAUUCAACCGGUGAUUCAAACGCCUCAAUUCAAUCUGUCCUCCUCAAGCGACUCGCUCAAGACGGUCAUCAGAUCGUCUCCUUGGAAGGAGGGUAUACAUGUUUCCGGCUGUCCUACCCGGAGUGGUGUGAGGGUGGGUGUUGCAGUAGCGAGCCACCGUUGAUGGGGCUUCAAAGCCUACGCAUUGACUCGUGUGAGAGUGUCCGCUCCUUGGAUUCUUUGGACUCUUCCCUCGGUCUCGACGACGACAAUCAUUCCUCCUCUGGCUCAGGAUUAGGCUCCAAUCAUUAUCCUCCUCCUUCCCCGGGCUUCCCCGUCGAGAUCCUUCCGCAUUUGUUCCUCGGUAACGCCCAGAACUCUGAGGAUGCUGAGGCUCUGAAGAAACACGGGAUCCAGUAUAUCCUGAACGUGACGCCGAAUUUACCGAACGUGUUCGAGGACUCUGGGGACAUCAAGUACAUGCAAAUCCCGAUCGACGACCAUUGGAGUCAGGACGUGGCCAAUUUCUUCCCUGAAGCCAUUUCCUUCAUAGAUGAAGCAAGACAAAGUGGAGUGGGAGUUCUGGUUCAUUGCUGGGCAGGGAUUUCCCGUUCGGUGACGAUAACAGUGGCCUACCUCAUGUAUAAACUGUCCAUGAGUUUGAAUGAAGCGUACGACUUCGUCCGGAAGAGGAAGGCAAACAUUGCGCCUAAUUUCAACUUCAUGGGACAGCUGUUGGAUUUUGAGCGGCAAUUGAAUCUUAGCCCAGCCUGCAGUUGUGCAGCAGAAAAGGAAGGCUGCCGUUGUCGGGUCCCUUAUUUUCUGACUCCCGGCAAGAAAAGCCCUGAUUCUGGCAUCGAUUUUGACCGCUGGUCUUGAAUUUCAAACUCCAGCUUCCUUUGUGUGCUGCUGUGACAAUUUUCUCUCAGAAACACUCUGUCUUGAAUCGAUUGGGAUUUUUGUCGUGUGAGAAUCAUAUGUGCCAAAAGUAUGCUCUUCUUUUCCCCUUGACUGGACAAAAUGAUUCUCCUAUUUAUGUCUCUUUCCAUUUCGUGAGUCUCUUUGACAGACUCAUUUCCUCCUUCAUUUCUUUCCCUUCCAACAUUCCUUGAAAGCAGAAAUGCUUAAAAUGGAGUUCUUGUCUUUGCUUUGAUUUUUGCCAUAUUUGACGAGUUUGGAGUUUUUUGUGCCACUUUCUUUCGUAUAUCAAAAAUUUUAUUUAUGUUUGAGAAGAAAACUUUUUGUUUGCAUGGAGGGAAGGAAGAAAGAAACUAUCCCAAUUGAGAAAGUGAGGCACAAUAUUUAUGAGAAUAAAAGAACAUUAUAUUGAUGC